CUGGUCGAAUGUCGUUGUAACGAAUACAAUCAAGACCAACUGUUGUGUGUGCGAUGUGCGAAUAUACAAAUAAAUUCUUAUUUGCGCAAUUUAACCGAAACACAUAAGGGAAACACAGACAGUCACUUCGCGAACCGAUCACUUUAAGUUUUUCUCUGAAAGUGUAAACUCUGAUUGAAACUACAGAAUAAAGAGAAUUGGCAAAAAACAACGGAAACUCGUUCUUUAGCCGCUCCGAUUCGGAUCUAUAUUUUUUUUUUGUUUUUAAGUUUCGUUUUCAUUUUCGUUUCACAUAAACAACACACCGUAUUCGUAUAUUCUUUUAUUGUUAUCCAAACAUUUUUAUUCGUCGAUUUUUAAAAUUGUUGUCGUCUGUAACAGUGAUUUGUAAUCGUUUUUAUUAAAUUGUAAUGGCUUAUUAUGGGGUGUUUAUACCGAGUGAGAAGAAAAACGCUUUCAUCGAAGAAGAUGCCCAACUGGUUUUUAGCGAUAAAAUUGAGGCAUUUAAGAUGCUGAAAAAGGUCCGCGAAUCACGAGUUAAAUCAUUUAAAACAUUUGAAGAAGCUCAACGAUUCUCAAAAUGCGGCCUCGAAAGUCCCACAGAAACCGAAACACCGAUUAUCAUAAACGCUGAAGUAAAUGGUAUUCCGACCAACGGUAAUAUGAAUAACAAUGUUAACUGUGAUAAGAAUUCGGCAAAAGCGUCUCCUGUGGGUGAAAAGCCAUCAUCGUUCCGUGGACCAACGAGCCAAGAGUUAGUAAAAUUCCGUAAAAUGAUUGAACAAGGUGACAGAGACUCGGUACAAAAUCUCAUUAGAUCGAAUCCACGAUAUUUGGUUAGUUCAGGCGACACACCGACGAUAUUAAAAGAAAGUUUUCGAUAUAAUGCUCUCCAUCAGUCGGCUAUAUCGAAAAAUGCCGUGAUUGCUUCACUAAUUUUGGAAACAGUCGGCGAUCCAGAGUUCAUAAAAUUGCUCUAUGGAAAAGAUGACGAUCGUACAGCCGAACAUGUUUCGAAUAUUCUAUUGGAUUUGUAUCUAAAUACGCCUGAAAAAGGUCGAAGUGAAACGCCGCUACAUUUGGCAGCCAAAUUUGGUGCUGUUGAUGUCGUCGAAGUACUCAAAUCGUAUCGAGAAUGUGAAUCGAAAAAGAAUGCCGAAGGUUUUCUUCCGAAAGAUAUUAUAUGCUCGAGAGCUAGUUCAGUAGAUCCUGAAGUGUUCAAAGCCAUUAAAACAUUGCUUGAAGGUCAAUUUUAUGUGCCCGUCAUGCGAUCGUUUGAUAAUUCAAUGCCGCCUGUUAUCGGAGAGCCUUUCAUGGAAACACAUCUUCCAAACGUUCCGGCCGAAGAUUUACUCAGUCCAAAGAUGGAAAUUCGGGCCUUGGCUGGCCCGAUGAACAAAGAACAGGCUGAGACGUUCCGUAAGCGUUGGAAAACGCCUCCACGUAGCUUAGGUUCGCCAGCCUCAUAUCUUAAAUCUCCUGUAAAUGAGCACAGCCCAAUGAAUGGAUCUCCAUUAUCGUCCUAUCCAAAUUCGAUUGUCCGUCAACGCAGUACACCCAAUAAAACACCACAAAAAGAUGCGACACCAACAAAAUCCAUUGAGAAAACAUCACGUCGUCUAUUUGAUACGAGUUUAAAUGAAGACGAACCAACUGUUGGUCAAUCGACAAAAAAGACUUUAUUCAAAAACUAUCGCAGCCAAUCACACGAUGACAGUUUGAAUGAUACAAUGAUCAUGACGCCAACGUUGCAUUCAUUGAGUGAUUUUUCAUUCAACGAACAUCAAUGUAAAUCGCCUGGUUUUCGAGAGCGUCAUCUCAAAUUGGCUGACGUUGAUAAGGGUUUGGAGGUGAUAGGACGAGGUUUGGCCAAAGAAAUUCGAAUUACAUGGCGUGAGCAUUGGUCAUUCUUAGACGAAUUUAUUGACAUCAGCAGUGAGGACGGUCUUGCCAAAUUCGAAAAAUAUCUACAAGAUCGUUUGGAUGAUCGAAUGAAACCGCCACCAUCAAUGUCGAUCCAUCAACGAAAGUUACAAUUGACACCAUUGCCCGUUACACCAAUAUCAAAGAUUUCGCAAAAAUUGAAUAAAUUGCGCAUCGAACGAGAUCAAGACGAAAGUUUCAAUGGUGUACGUCCAUCGCCACCAUCCAGUCCAAGUGCAUUUCAUGCGUAUUUGUGUGUUGAAAAAUCAUGUCAAAUUUAUGCAAAUCGUUUGCUAAAACCAAUCUCACAGAAUCCAACCAAUAUUGUCACGGUUAAUGACGUACUCGUCGGCGAAUUGGCCCGAUUGAAAUCGUUAAUAUGCAGUUAUAAACAUGACAUUCGCUUUUUCGGUGUUGACUUUCAAUCCACACAUUCACGUUUUGCUCACAUCUUCACCGCGCUACUAAACAAAGACGACGAAUGCCAAAAACACAAAGUAAGCGAAGCUCUUCACAGCACACUCGAUCACAUACUACAAGCAAAGGAAAAGUCAGCGAACAAUACAAGCAAAAAUGGAAUCAGUCAAGAUGAGCAUGCCAAACAGAUGACACAACUGAUUUGCUUAAUUAAACAACUUUUGAGACGUUUGAACGACUCGUCCAAUAUAAUUCCCUUAGAAGUACUCACCUCAGAAAGUGAUUGCGUCGAUAUUUGGCAUGCCGAACAAAAAUGCGAAUGCGAAUGGACCAAUUCACCAAAUAAUAAAUUGAAUCGAAGCAUCAAAAGAAAACACCGACUCAGCGAAAUAUUUAGCGAUUUUUGUGAUAAAUUCAAUAUCAAAUCGGACGAAAUGGAAAUUGACGAUGAAGAAGGCGACGACACAUUUUGGUCACUGAACAAUUCUGACGAGGAUAGUAACUCGGACGAUGAUGAAUAUUUUACUCCACCACAAUCACCACUUUUAGAAUUCUUUGACGACAGCGAUCCGAAAAUACUUUAUGAUAAUUUCAUUUUUGGUCAGGAACCAACAAAAAUGGAUAACGACGUUCUGAAAGCCUUGCACAAUGUGGAUAUUGACAGAAAUAGCCAUCCAAAUAUUUAUCACUGGCAAAGUGCUUUGAUGACUUACUCCGAACAAGAACGUGCUAGUUUUCCACAGCCAUUAAACACAACUACGGCCAAUACAAAAUCACCAUCACCGAACAAAACAUUUAACCGUUUGCCGAUAAAAAAUAUUUUACCAAGAAUCAGCCAAUUCCACCUAAAACCAUCGAAAUUUUCCGCAAAAGAUUAAAUUUAGCUAAUUUAAACGAGAUUUCUGUUUGUGCAGAGAAAAUCUUUUAUUUAAAACAAUCAUCAAAAUAGGGAAAACUGUAUUCAUCUCGCGCACACAUGUGAACAAAUUUGAGACAGAUUAAAAUGCUUCAAAAUAUUUUUUGAGAUGUAA